UUUCAACAUCAGAAUCGGACGACAUUCUAGAAAUUAUUAUUGGAAGUACCUUUCUGCUGACAAACUAUAUUAAAAAAAAAAAUGUGAAAUAAUUUCAAAUUUCAAUAAAAUAUUAAUGCAGUGAAUAAUAAUACAAAAUCCGGCGCUCCUAUUUAGAAUUUUCUUUCUUUCCAUGUCGAUUAUAUUUUGUUUUCCAUGAUAACAUAAAAAUGUAUUCGAUUUGUAAAAAACUAGUGCAAAUGUGGUGCAACACUCGUUCAGUGCCAGUGGAAUUUCAGUGCACACUAUUUUGUCAAAUCGAAAACGCUAUAAGUUAUGUCUUAGUUUGAAGAUGUUAUGUUACAUUUUCAUAUGUCUAUUUUAGAUUUUGGGAAGUAAUGAAUAAUGAUGUGACUACCAUUAGUAAAAAUUCACCCGUUAAUAUUGGCUGCUCAAUGAAACAUUGUCAACGUAUUUUAUAGAAAAAGAACUUGAAAAAACAAGAGCCGAAGUGAAACGUAUUCAAGACGAAAAUGAAAAUAUGAAAACAUUUAUUCAGGAAAUGUCAAAAAUUGAAGAAGAAAAAAGAUUAACUCAACUGGAGAUUGAACGCUUGAAAAAAGAAGUUCAGAAGAGUAAUGAAUUGUUACAUAAAUUCCUUAAUGAUGAUCAAAUAUUGGCCUUAAGUACACCCACUCGGCAGUGGGCUAAUGACACUAUUGUAAUGGGCUUAAAAAUGUGGUUUGCGUUAGGAGUCCAUGGUUAUGAGCAUCUUAGGGAAACUAAAUAUCCUCUUCCUGCAUAUAGUACACUGACAAGGAGGCUACGUCAAUUUAAAUUAAAUUUUGGUAUAUUUACUGAUUUGCUUGAGCCACUGAAACAUAAAGUUUUCUGUAUGGAGGAAGGUGAUCGGUUUGUGUUAUGUCAAUGGAUGAAAUGGAGAUAAAUCCCCAGAUAAGUUUUGAUACAAAUCGCCACUUAAUGUUUGGGAAUAUUACUCUUGGAAACUCAACCAAAGAAGGGAACAAAUUGUUAGUGGUUUUAAUAAGAGGUGUAAAACACACAUGGAAGCAAAUAGUAGGUGCUCAUGUAACUGAUGGUGCUGUAAAUAAAGAAUCAUUCAAAAAAUUCAUUUUUGAAUGCAUUGAUUUUGUUGAAAAUUGUGGUAUACAAGUUACAUCUUUGUCAUCUGAUAUGGGGAACUGCAAUAGAGUUCUAUGGACAGAAUUGGGCAUACAAAUAAAAAAAGAAGGCGUUAGGGAAAACAAGUUCGGCCACAAUGGCCAUUACAUUUUUAUUACCCCUGAUGUGUGUCAUUUACUUAAAAAUUUGAAAAGUGCUACAUUAAAGGGGGAUAUUAAUUUACCUGUAACUUACUGUGAAAGUAAUAAUCUUCCAACUCAAAUUAUCAAAGGUUCUUAUAUUUUUAAGUUGUGGAGUGAAGAAAUAAAUGCCGGAAAAGAACUUAGAAGUUUACACCACUUGAAUCGUAAUGAUAUAUUUCCUGAUAACUUCCAAAAAAUGAAUGUUGGAGCAGCUAUAAGAUUCUUUUCUUUGAAGACUGCUGUUGCUCUUGAGUUAGCUGUAAGAUUUGAAACGUUACCACAAGAUGCUUUAACAACAGCCCACUUUAUACGACUCAUUUAUGAAUGGUUCACAUUAACAGCCUCAAAAGUUAGGAAGGUUAGGUUAAAGAUUUGAAAUAUGAUUUUUUAGAAAAAAUCAUUAUAUUAUUUGCAAAUAUAACUAUUAGAAAUGGUUGGAAGCCGUUGAAUGUUGGUUUCAUACUUUCAUCUUUAUCUAUAAUAGAUAUCGCAGAAGCUUUAUUCACUACAGGUUUUGACUUCAUAAUUUGUCAUAGAUUUACCCAGGAUGCUAUUGAAAAUAUAUUUUCUCAAGUUCGCCGAAAAUCUGGAGCAACAGCAAUACCAUGUCUCAGUGCCUUAUUUCUGUUUCUCAAUUCAUUUCUGAUAGAAAGAAAGUUAUGUAACUGACAGUGACACAUAUUUAAUAGAUUUCUUUCAUAAGUCCAACAACGCAAGUGUUUCCAGUAAUUUGAAUUUAAAUGAAAAAGUAGGGCUUCUCACUUAUAACCUACCUAGUAAUACAUUUGAAACAAAAAAAUUUUAAUUUUUUAGCGACUUUUAUAAGUGAAUUUGACUUAAAUUAUUUGUACCACCUAGCUGGUAGUACUACUAAUAUACUAUUAAAACAUUGUUGUGAAGAGUGUCGAAUUAUGCUUCAGCAAAAUCUACCUAAUGAUAGUCAAUUCGGGAGUAUGAAAAUAUACACAACUCUUUUAAAUCAAAGUGGACUGAAGCAUCCUUGCAUGGGAAGUACUCCAAAUUAUUUGUAAUUGUGAAUUACUUUAUACAAAGUACAAGAUGUAUGUUAUACAAAAUUCGUCUAAUAAUUUAAUUAAUAAAAUUGUUAAUGAUUUAUCAAUUGAAUUCCCAGCAUGUAUUAAAUUCUGUAAUAUCAAACAAAGAACUGUAAAACACUUUUUUACAGUACGAUCGUAUUCAACAGUUAAUUUUUCUGUUAACUCCGAAAAAAGGAAAAAUAUGUUUGGCACAGCGUCUGCCAAAAAAAAGGAAAUAAAUAAUAUAAGAAUUUAAAACGAUACAUAUUUUAAUUGUUUAACAGUAAUUUUUAUAAAACUUUGUUUUUUGUUGUAGUUUGGAUUAGUAUUAAGUAUAAAGUGUAUUGUUAUUAUUAUUUUUUUUUUUUUUUGUUAUUAUG